CAUCAAUGCAUUGCAGCAGUUCAUGGCUACUUAAACCCCCCUUGUACCUCCACACUUUCCUCACACUGCCAAUCACUUCCUCCUCCACCAUGGCUUCUCUUCCUUCUCCAUUUGUGCUUCUCUGUUUCUUCUGUUUGGUAAGCUUUUCCAUGGCUGCUCCUCCAAGGAAGCCAAUAAAUGUGCCAUUCCAGAGAAACUAUGUUCCCACUUGGGCUUUUGAUCACAUCAAGUACUUUAAUGGUGGCAAUGAUAUCCAGCUUGUUCUUGAUAAAUACACAGGAACUGGAUUUCAGAGCAAAGGUUCUUACCUCUUUGGCCACUUCAGUAUGCAGUUGAAGUUGCCUGCUGGGGAUUCUGCUGGAGUUGUGGCUGCAUUUUAUUUAUCUUCUCAAAACUCAGAGCAUGAUGAGAUAGACUUUGAGUUCCUGGGCAACAGGAGUGGCCAACCACCCAUCUUGCAAACCAAUGUGUUCACUGGUGGGAAAGGAGACAGAGAGCAAAGGAAUUAUCUCUGGUUUGAUCCUUCAAAGGAGUUCCAUUUCUACUCAAUCUUGUGGAACAUGUACCAGAUUGUUUUCUAUGUGGAUGAUGUGCCAAUUAGAGUGUUCAAGAAUUGCAAGGACUUGGGAGUGAGGUUCCCCUUCAAUCAACCAAUGAAGAUCUAUUCAAGCUUGUGGAAUGCCGAUGAUUGGGCGACAAGAGGCGGCCUCGAGAAGACUGACUGGAGCAAGGCUCCUUUCAUCGCUUCGUACCGGGGAUUUCAUGUCGACGGUUGUGAGGCAUCUGUUGAGGCCAAAUUCUGUGCCACACAAGGAAUGAGGUGGUGGGAUCAGAAGGAGUUUCAGGACUUGGAUGGAUAUCAGUAUCGAAGACUUCAGUGGGUUCGAUCAAAGUAUACUAUCUAUAACUAUUGCACUGAUCGAACCCGAUACCCGACAAUGCCGCCGGAAUGCAAAAGGGACCAUGAUGUCUGAGUUGAGCUGAAGAACUGCAAGCAAUUUCAUUGCCUGCAUUGCAUUCCUACUCUUUAUACCAUUAUUAUGUGUUCUUAGCUGCAUUGUAUGAUGUCUAUUGUUUUGCUCCUUUGUUUUCUGUUGUUGAGCAUUCUAUCUACAUAUAUCAUGUUGUCUGUGAAUUCAAACGCUUGUUGAAUUUAUUUAUAUACACAUUAUGUAAUAUUUUUAUU